UGGGUACGCUCUGGGCAUCACCUUUUACCUCAAAUAAACAGUGGAUUUCUGCUGUUGUGGACCUUUAACCAUCUGCCUGACUUUGUUCUCACAGGAGAGAGACGGGACUAUAGGGAUCCUGGGGAUCCUCAACAACAUCAUGAUGCUGACGAGGCAGAGAAGAGUCUCUCCAGAUCAGAACUCCUCAAGAAACACCAGCGAGUUCACACAGGAGAGAAAUCUCACUGCUGCUCUGACUGUGGGAAAAUAUUCAACUCUUCACUAGGCCUUAAAAUACAUCAAAGAAUUCACACUGGGGAGAAACCUUAUGGCUGUGAUCAAUGUGGGAAGAGUUUUAUUCGGCUACAAACUCUGAAAUCACACCAGAGGAUACACACUGGAGAGAAACCUUUUGGCUGUGAUCAAUGUGGGAAGGGUUUUACUCAGCUAAACAGCCUGAUAGUACACCAGCGGACACACACAGGAGAGAAACCUUAUGGCUGUAAUCAAUGUGGGAAAAGUUUUACGACAUCUAGCUAUCUAACUAUACACAAGAGAACACACACAGGAGAGAAACCAUAUAGCUGUAAUCAAUGUGGGAAGAGUUUUACUCAGCUAAACAGCCUGAUAGUACACCAGCGGACACACACAGGAGAUAAACCUUAUGUCUGUGAUCAAUGUGUAAAGAGUUUUAGUACGUUUGGCUGUCUGACGGCACACCAGAGGGCACACACAGGAGAGAAACCUUAUAGCUGUGAUCAGUGUGGGAAGAGUUUUACUACAUCUAGCUGUCUAACUAAACACCAGAGAACACACACAGGACAGAAACCUUAUAGCUGUGAUCAGUGUGGGAAGAGAUACUCUGAUAAAAGAUCUCUGAUCAAACAUCAGAAACUACAUGAAGGAGUUAAACCUCACUGCUGCUCUGACUGUGGGAAGAGAUUCACCUCCCCAUCAGGCAUUAAAAUUCAUCAGAGAAUCCACACAGGAGAGAAACCUUAUAGCUGUGAUCAAUGUGGGAAGUGUUUUGGUCAAUCUGGCCAUCUGGUAUCACACCAGAGAACACACACAGGAGAGAAAUCUUAUAGCUGUGAUCAAUGUGGGAAGAGUUUUAGUCAAUCUGGCUCUCUGACUCUACACCAGAGAAUACACACAGGAGAGAAACCUUAUAGGUGUGAUCAAUGUGGGAAGUGUUUUGGUCAAUCUGGCCAUCUGGUAUCACACCAGAGAAUACACACAGGAGAGAAAUCUUAUAGCUGUGAUCAAUGUGGGAAGAGUUUUAGUCAAUCUGGCUCUCUGACUCUACACCAGAGAAUACACACAGGAGAGAAACCUUAUAGGUGUGAUCAAUGUGGGAAGAGUUUUGGUCGAUCUGGCCAUCUGGUAUCACACACAGGAGAGAAAUCUUAUAGCUGUGAUCAUUGUGGGAAGAGAUACUUAUAUAAAAGUUAUCUGAUCAAACAUCAGAAAAGACAUGAAAGAGUUGUUUCAUGA